AUGGGCAGCUUCCAGCUGGAAGACUUCGCGGCGGGCUGGAUCGGAGGUGCAGCCAGUGUCAUUGUGGGCUACCCUCUGGACACGGUCAAGACUCGCCUGCAGGCUGGCGUGGGCUAUGGGAACACCUUCAGCUGCAUCCGCACGGUGUACAAGAAGGAGAGCGUGUUCGGCUUCUUCAAGGGCAUGUCCUUCCCCCUGGCCAGCAUCGCCGUGUACAACUCAGUGGUGUUUGGGGUCUUCAGUAACACGCAGAGGUUCCUCAGCCAGCACCGCAGCCGGGAGCCAGAGGCUGGCCCGCCCCGCAACCUGUCAGACCUGACCCUGGCCAGCAUGGUGGCCGGCGUGGUGUCCGUCGGACUGGGCACGCCCGUGGACCUCAUCAAGAUCCGCCUGCAGAUGCAAACACAGCCGUUUCGGGAAACCAGCCUCAGUUUGAAGCCCAGAGCAGUGGCUCUUGGGGAGCAGCCAGCCUACCAGGGUCCCGUGCACUGCAUUGCAACCAUCGUGCGGACUGAGGGCCUGGCAGGGCUAUAUCGGGGUGCCGGUGCCAUGAUGCUGAGGGAUGUCCCGGGCUAUUGCCUCUACUUUAUCCCCUAUGUGUUCCUGACCGACUGGAUCACACCUGAGACCUGUGCAGACCCCAGCCCCUAUGCUGUGUGGCUGGCAGGUGGCGUGGCAGGAGCAAUUUCUUGGGGGACAGCGACUCCUAUGGAUGUUGUGAAAAGUCGACUCCAGGCUGAUGGGGUUUAUUUAAGCAAAUACAAAGGUGCCCUGGACUGUAUCUCCCAGAGUUACCAGAAGGAAGGUCUUAAAGUGUUUUUCAGAGGCAUCACGGUGAACGCUGUGCGGGGCUUCCCCAUGAGCGCAGCCAUGUUCCUGGGGUACGAGCUCUCGCUGCGGGCCUUCAGAGGGGACUACCCGGUGACCAGCCCCUGA